GAGAAGAUCCCAUUCUUUCAAAACCCUAACAUUUCCCGUAAAACCCUCCCGAGUCGUUCCGACAGAUCCCGUUUGUUUGGGCAUUCGAUUUGUUGGGUGACCGUAAUUUAGGGUUUCCUUCUCUUCUUCUUCUUCUUCUUCUCUAGUUUUCCCUUUUUCUUUCUCUCUCUCCAUAGCUUCCAGAAAUGGAAACCGUCUGCAGCCACGAGAGCAACAGAGCUGCUCUUGAUUUAGUUUUGAUGCGUCUGAUGGAAUCUGCUGCGCUGGAAGUGAUUUUGGAUGCUGGGAAGUCUCUUUUUUGGCUUCUAUGCGUGAUUGGAUCUGCACCUAGUGGAACAGAUUUUUUAACUGAAAACUGUGAGAUAAUUAAACAGUUUCUUCUAUCAUCUCUAAGGAUGACCAGAGGUGAAUCCAUGCCCGAGAACAAGGAUGAUGGCGGCUCUGACGAGGAUGAUGAUGAGGAGGAUGAGGAUGAUGAUGAUGAUGGAGGCGAGCAAGAUGAUGAUAAAGGCGAAGAAGAUUACUCGGGGGAUGAAGGGAACGAAGAGGAUGAUGAAGAGGAUGAGCUUGAGGCAAAUGGUGGAGGUGCUGGAGGUGGAAGCGAUGAUGAUGAUGAUGAUGAGGAGGAGGAGGAUGAUGAUGAGGAUGAUGAUGAGGAUGGGGAAGAUGAGGACGAGGAUGAAGAGGAUGAAGAAGACCAACCACCUCCUAAGAGGAGGAAGUGAUCUGUUGUUCAUGUUAAAUGUUUUCAUUGUCAUUGGUUUUCCCAAUGUGCAAGGAUUGUGUCAUUGUGGUUGAUUUUAAAUUAAGUUUUUUAUUUUUUUUUUGGGUAUUUCCUUAG